UAACCAGACUCUAAGCUUGCCUUUGAGUUUGAGCUUGUCUUAAGCUUUCUUUCUUUCUUUUUUUGGUUUUUGUCUGAAGCUUGAUCUUUCUUCUUCUUCUUCUUCUCCUCUAUUCUUUUUUUUUUGUAAGCUCUUGAAAUCAACCAGAGACAAUGGAAACGAAAUGGCUAUUUACCUCGGCUUUCUCUCAAAUGUUCGGCUACUCAAACCGUAUGGAUCAAACCAGCAACUGCCAAAACACCCGCAACAAAAUAAUGAUGAUGAAGAAAGAAGAAUUCCCAAGUGGAUUCCAAGUUCCUCUUCACUACCCUAAAUACUCCAAGUCUGAUUAUGAGGCCAUGGAUGAUCUCAGCCUUGACUUGCUCCUCAAACAGUAUGGAUUGUCCUUCGAAGGAUCUCUUGAUGACAAGCGGGUCUUUGCAAUUGAAUCAUUUCUCUGGCCCGAUCAGCUUUAGGGUUUAUGUUGGCAUCUGAAUUCUCUCAUUAUCUCUCUUAACCAAUAGAUUCAGUGACCCUAAGAUAACGAGAUGUUUUGUGUCAAAUCACCAUAUGUAUCAAACACUUAAUUAGUUAUCAGGUUUGUGUGUUAUGUGUUCUUUCAAAACAAAACAAAAGUUUGUGUCUUAUGUCAUAUGUGUGUGCGUAUCGAGAAGUUCUGAAGCAUGCAAUUUACUCAGAUCAUAUGAAUCACCAUGAAUGCAUUAAUAAUAACAUCUUUGAUUA